AUGUGCAACACGCAGUUCCCAGAAGGUGGAUGUUUACCUUCAGAAGUCUACGGUCUUCAGGAUAUCAAUGCUAUCGACUAUGAUUACAAUGCUCUACUAGACGGCGACAAUGUUUCGCGGCUCAUCAACAACCCAAGCCUUCAGGAUGUCAAUGCUAUCGACUAUGAUUACAAUGCUCUACUAGACGGCGACAAUGUUUCGCGGCUCAUCAACAACCCAAGCCUUCAGGAUGUCAAUGCUAUCGACUAUGAUUACAAUGCUCUACUAGACGGCGACAAUGUUUCACGGCUCAUCAACAACCCGAGCCUUCAGGAUGUCGAUAUACAUUAUGUUAACCCUCUCUGGAAUCACAACUUUUCUAUUAGUCAAUCUUCAAGAGGACACCGUUAA